CCAUAGUCGGAAGUUAAAAAAAAAAACAGAAAAUGAAGAUGCUAAAAGCGUGCAUUGCAUUAACUGCUCUCCUCCUGGUGACGUGGCAGUGCUCCGCCCAGAGCCCGACCCCCGCGUCGGAGUAUUUAGCGGCGCACAACCAAGCGAGAGGCGAGGUGGGCGUGGGUCCCCUGAAAUGGAGCGAGGCGCUGGCGAAAUCGGCGAGCCUGACGGCGCGGCUGCAGCGCGACAAGCAGAACUGCAGCUUCGCCGACCUCAGCAAGAGCCGAUUCGGCGCCAACCAGCUGUGGGCCAGCGGCUUAGCCGUGACGCCGAAAGCCGCCGUGGAGGCGUGGGUGGCGGAGAAGAAGUUCUAUAACUACGCCGACAACUCGUGCCCGCCGGAACACCGCUGCGGGGUCUACACGCAGGUCGUGUGGAGGAAUUCCACGGACCUCGGCUGCGCGCAGGCCGCCUGCCCCAAAGACCACUCCACCUUGACCAUAUGCUUUUAUAAUCCGCCCGGAAACAUUGUCGGUGAGAAACCUUACUAGUUUUUUGCAUUAUUGUCGACUCCUUUCGUCAAUUUCUGUGUUCGCCUCGAUUAUUAUAUUAUAAUAAAUAAAAUUACUUCUGCUA